UGUGCAGAGCGAAGCGUGAGUUGCUUCAAAGUUGCGCGUCAUAACAUACACAACUCUGCAUGGCACCACCCUAAAAUCAUGGAAUCGUAAACCUGUAUUCUUGUGGAUUCAGGCUGACAAUACCAGGCUGAGGAUACAGGUGCAUUCAGACUCACCAAAUCGUAUCAUCAGGUGGAAGACGUCCAAAAAAACGGACUUUCACAAGUCAAAUGAAAAAUGUGGAUCUACGCAAGUAUUUUCACAUAUGUGCUUCUUUUGGCGAAGGAUGCAAUAGCUAUUAAUAAGAUUUUCGGUGAGACUGAGCCAGUCAGGAUGACUUCUGAGGGCUCAGACUGCCGCUGUAAGUGUGUGAUGCGGCCGUUGAGCAUUGAGGCAUGUGCGAGGCUCCGUGACGGAAGCUUGCGAGUGGAUGACUUUUACACUGUGGAGACGGUGAGCUCAGGCUCUGACUGUAAAUGUUCCUGCACGGCUCCUCCCUCCUCACUGAACCCAUGUGAAAAUGAAUGGAGAACAGAAAAACUGAGGAAACAGGCUCCUGAACUACUCAAGCUCCAUUCUAUGGUGGAUCUGCUGGAAGGAACGUUGUAUAGUAUGGAUCUAAUGAAGGUCCAUGCUUACAUGAACAAGGUUGUGGCUCAGAUGAACACACUGGAAGAGACCAUAAAGACAAACCUCACUCGGGAGAAUGACUAUGUAAGGGACAGUGUUGUGAAUCUGUCUAAUCAGCUGAAGCGGUAUGAGAACUACUCUGACAUCAUGGUCAGCAUCAAGAAAGAGAUCUCCAGCCUUGGACUACAGCUAUUGCAGAAAGAUGCAGCCUCUGACAAUAAAGCACAAGGCACAGAGAGUAAAAAGUCCAAAGAGGUCAUAAAACCACCCAACAAGAAACCCCCAGCUGCCAAACCUCCACCCAAACAGCCUAAAGACAAACCUGUCAAGUCCAAGAAAGACACUCCAGCCAAGCCACCUAAACCUGCAAAGCCCGACCCCACCACCAAAACCAAGACCUUGGGCCAGACUGGAGUCAUCAGGGGCAUCACCUACUACAAAGCAUCUAAGACGGAGGACUCUGAUUCACAUUCAGCUGGGAGAGGAGAGAGGGAAAACCCUGCCAAAACCCAUGCUGUCCACCAAAGCGAGGAAAAAAGGAGUCCAGAGCUUGUCUUGGAAGCCUCUGAAAUAACUUCAACUGUACCGCCAAUAUCAACCACCACCACAACCACGCUCAUUGCUAUGACAACAACAAGCACCACACAAGCAAUCACCAGUGAUGAAGCGCACAUGACGAACUCCACCCUGUCCUCACCAGCACCAGAGAAAGCAUCGGUCACAGAAACUACAGGACUUAACGCCAAAGAAGGAAAACCCAAUGUAGGAAAGUUACAAUUACACAAAGCAGGUAAAUCUCUAGACUGUGAGGGCACCAUAGCAUCAGUGGAGAUGCCAGAGAAACAUCACAGUUAUGGACGGAAUGAGGGAGCCUGGAUGAAAGACCCAGUGGCAAAGGACAACAAGAUCUAUGUGACCAACUACUACUAUGGCAACAACCUGGUGGAGUUUCGUAACCUGGAGAAUUUCAAACAAGGUCGCUGGAGCAACCUCUACAAGCUUCCCUACAACUGGAUAGGAACUGGCCAUGUGGUCUACAAUGGUGCCUUCUAUUACAACAGAGCCUUCACCAAAAACAUCAUCAAAUACGACUUGCGAAUGCGCUAUGUGGCAGCCUGGACUCUUCUUCAUGAUGCAGUCUAUGAAGACACCACACCCUGGAAAUGGCGAGGCCAUUCAGACAUCGAUUUCGCCGUUGACGAGAGCGGUCUCUGGGUGAUUUACCCAGCACUGGAUUACGACUACUCACAACACGAAGUCAUUGUCAUCAGCAAGCUGGAUCCAGGCGAUCUCUCCUUGAGGAAGGAGACCACAUGGAGGACUGGGCUGAAGCGCAACUCGUAUGGAAACUGCUUUAUUGUGUGUGGCGUGCUGUAUGCCAUUGACGUCUAUAACCAGAAAGAGGGCGAGGUUUCAUAUGCCUACGACAUGCACACAAACACAGAUGCUGCCCCUCGUUUGCCUUUCACAAAUGUGUAUGCCUUUGUGACGCAAGUAGACUAUAAUCCCAAAGAGAAGAUGCUGUAUGCCUGGGACAAUGGCCAUCAGCUUACCUACAAUAUACACUUCGUAGGCCAGUGAAGUUUCAUGUCUAAAAUCUGAUACUUUUUAACCCACAAGUGUUUGUGGGCAAGUGGGGCAUCAGACAUUAAUCAGACAAGGUGCAUAGGAAAAAACAAGAGCGGUACAUAUUGAAUUCCUUCUGCUAAAGGGGAUAUGUGUAACAUACUUUCUCUUAUCCCAGUUAAAUCUGCAGUGUCAACUAUAAGUAAGCCAUUUGUAGGCAGAUUUCCCUGAAAGUGUAAAUACUGUGGAUCUGUGACACUGUCAAAACAUUAUUUGGAGUGGGACCAGUGGCAGAUGGGUGGAGUGUUUAGGAAACCUGUUUGAAAAUGAGUUGGUUAGUUGGUUGAAAAUUGGUGACACUAGUGGUGCAGAAAUUACACACUUCACACUUUAGGUUGAGUGCUUACAGAUUGGAAAUAUAUUUUUCCCCUGAACAAAAAUUAAUUUAGGGAGAUGGAUGCUCUUUUUAUGUAGCUCAUAAUUAGGGCCCGAAACUUUGUACAGUUUAGCAAUUUGAAGUUAUAAACAAUCAUUGCAUGUGGUAAAACAAGGGUAGCCAUUUUAUACAGCUUUAUACAGUAAUGCUUUUUUUUAUUUGAGGUUUAAUUUGACGACUGCAUGUUUUAGUAAUUUCAUUUAACAACAACAACAGAACAUAUUUUUUGACAUGGUCAUUUUAAAUGGGAUUUAAAAUUUUAUGUAAAUGUCUUUAUUUUUAGUUAUUCACUUUGUAAAACUUGACAUUUUCACUGUAAAUAUUUCCAAGAAUUGAUACCAAGUUAUGUUAUUCAUAUUAUAAGUCUCAGAUUUAUCAACCCCUGAUAUUUAAGAUCUCCUGGAUGAGUUACAUUUCCUGUUUUUUAUGUUACAUUUAUGUGCAAAAUUACAAUUUGUAUAGAGUUGCUAAAAUAAACUCACUCCUAAAUUA